UGUCAUCCCAACUGUGCACGGUGUAUUAUCAAACCUUCCCGCCUAUGCGGCGACUCGUGUCACAUUGGCUCCUUCAUCCUUCCUGCACCCACCACACAAGCGCCUAAGCAAACCCAAGCACCGAAUACACUCAAAAUACCCGACUAUCAAAUGGGCCCUGGAGACUUUGUAUUGAGAGCUGAACUGCAGGAGUGGCGAAGAGAGCGGCUGAUAGAGAUUGGUGCAGGUGGAGAUGACUUUUUUGGCGUGCAACUGAUAAUGGCCGAUGAAAUUUUCAACCACAUCGUUGAUUUAGCGCAUUCCCGCAAGAUUGAUGGAGUUUCCUUGAUUCGCGAUCAAGCUAGCUGGCGCUACUGUGACUGGUGGGGCUCUCAAAUAUUCAACAUCAUCCAAAAG